AUGUACUAUUUCAGUAUCAUCAGCAGCGACGACACCCCGCUCUACGAGCUUGAGUUUGCCAGCUUCAAGCUGGCCGGGGGCGUGGGCCAGUUCCCCGAGAACGUGCGCGAGCUCCUUCCCUUCAUCGCCAACUCGCUGCUCGACCUCGUCGAGGAGCUCCAGUGGUCGCUGCCCCAGUUCUACUUGGGCAAAGUCGACCUGUUUUCCGGGUACCUGGUGGCGGCGUACAUCACCCAGGGCAACGUGCGGUUGGUGUUGGUGUACGACAAGAGCGACGAAGGGCUGAUCCGCCAGUUCUUCAUCGAGGUGAACGAGCUCUACGUCAAGUGUCUCAUGAGCCCGUUCUACGUCGUCAACGUACCUCUAACCCUGCCCGAGUUCGACAUGAAGGUGAAGCAGGUCGGCCGCAAGUAUUUAUAG